AUGGCUGAAACCCCCGCACCACCAACGGACUCCCCCAGCCAGUCUCGCAACCUCAUUCCAACAACCAAUGGCGAGCUACCCGCCUUACCACCCAACAAAGAAAUUCUUGCCUCUGCCAUCCGCAUGACAAACAUCACCCGCUUCAUCCACCUCCUCUCCCACGCCAAAGCCCUAAUCACCCACCACGGCCCCUACACCACCCUUCCCGCCACAUCAGUCCUCACCCGCUCUCUCAAGCCACCCAGACCCGCUUACCCCUCCUCCCCAUCCCUCAAAUCCCUCGCCCUCUCCCUAGCCGCAGCCCAAGACAGCACCUACAGCGCGCAGCCCCCCAGCCACACAAAAGACGACCUCGACUUCUUCACCCUCCUCUGGGACAGUUCCAUCGUCGUUCUCGAAGAGAUAUUAUCAAUAGGAGAUUUGCCACAAGAGUCCUUCGGCUGGGGCAUCUUCGGUCUGGCAGCGGGCGAGGUUGCACGCUGCACUGUGUAUGAUGCCGAGCUUGGAGGGGCCACCCGGAAAUGGGGUUAG